AUGCCCCGGGCCGACGACAGCUCCCGCUUUAGCUCCAUGACGGGCUCCAGCACCGACAGCGGGAGAUCCAGCAUCACGGCGAAACCACUGCCCUUGACACCCACGACUCCAUCCCUACCACCUCUGCCGGGCGCCGCCGCCGCGAGCAGCAGCAAUGGCAAAUCCACCCCGCAUGGGUCGCGACGAGCGGCCCCCUCACGCCUCAAGACGGAUGAAAGCGGCAAUCUCGUGAGGUCCUUGAAAGAAGCAUCCGAACCCCAACAGGUUUCCCCGACCUCCAACGGGUCACGCCUUGCGCUGUCCCCGGCCUCCUUGAAUUCCAACACCUCGAUGCGGGACCGCGACAUGAGCGAGCUGUUCGAUUACCGCCGCGACUUGGCCAUCCUAGACCCGGGUGGCGGCCGGCCUCCGCGCAACCAACAAAACAACCCGUCCACUGGCUCUCUCAGCCAAAUUGCGCCUUGGACAUCAGCUACCAUCACCUCCUCGGCUCCCGCCAGUACCGAUAAUAUUCACACGACUUUCUACAACGACUCAACCGACAACCUCUCGUUGGCCUCCCAGCUAUCCCCCGGCAUCCGGCAUACCAUAACGCGUCCAUCACAAACACCUGCGGGCAGCACUGACUCUCCCGAUGCUGCUUACUUUACGGACGAGAGACGCCCGUCCCUCGCGAGUAUUACAACGACUGCAAGCAGCCAAGGCUCGAGAACUAGUGGCACAAGAGGAGGCUAUCGUAAGCUGCAAGGGUUCUUUGGCGAGGAGUUUCCGGGGCGAGAUUCAUCUGAGAUUAGUCUCGGACAUCCCACAGGAGUCAAAGAACACCGUUCGCAUUCAUACAGCUACAACCGGCCGCACAGGGACCGCAAUUACUCCAAUGCCACCGACCACGGCAGGGAUGCCUCCCCGGCUUCUCGCCCCCGAACCCCGGUGCCCGCUCCGGAAGUCGUGCCGUUUCUGUAUCAGGAUUCCGAUGACAUUGCGCGAUACGGCGAAGCGCCAGUGCGCGACAAACUCAGUGGGCCGGAUCGUGAUCGCUACGCAACCGAAAGCUCGGCGCCGAACCCACCGAAAACCUCUUCCUCUGGAAGGUCCGGCCACUCAAUCGUGCACUUACCGGGACACCAUCACAGACACAACAAGAGCAACGAAGAUCCAAGAUCCCUUAGGCCAUCCAUCAGCAGGGAGGACUCUGCAGUGACGACCGCCAAGGAACGGAGUGGCUCUACUGCCAUGUAUGGCCCCAGGUCUCGUGCCCAGAGCCCGGCUCCGAGCGGAAGCGGCAGCUACUGGGGCCCAAAGACGGGCAGUGUCGACGGACAUACCUCACCGCCGGGACAACAGAGAACGGGAAAGGGCAUCUUCAGUCGCUUGCGCGGGAGACACAAGGACAAGGACGACUCCGAUCUUCGAAAACUCCCCAGCUCAUCGCAGUCACUCCUGUCCCGGCGGGAGUUCCCUUUUGCUGAUGGACAGUCCACGCCAGGCUCGGAAUGGCCAACAUCGCCCGAAAUCCGUGAGGUCUCCGGGUCGCGCCCUGCAUAUUCGCGGAAUGGAACGUUCAACAAUAAGUUUCCCUUUUCCUCAAAGAAAUCUCGCACAGCCAGGCACCGGGACGACGUUGAUGAGAACAUUGGCCCCACGGACACGGAAAAUGGCGGUACCAUAUUUCACCUUGACACGAACCUCAAUAACAUGGAGGGUAUCAUCACCCAAAAGCCGCCGUUGACCCCGUUGCCCGAUUUCAUGAACGACCUUGACUAUGAAAAACUACCCAUCCGUCCCACCGACCCUAAUGGCGCGUGGAACGCCCCGGACAGCUGGGGUGUACGCGGAAAACGGGACGACAGCUCGGCCCACGUUCCGGAAGCUGACGACAUAGGGAGCCCGCCCCGGCCAGAGGAGAAGUUGAGCCCAUACUGCAUUCGCGUAUUCAGGGCAGAUGGUACCUUCGCGACACUUCAGAUGCCAUUGGACGCUACGGUUGCCGACCUAGUCGCCCAAAUUGUCAGGAAGUCGUAUGUGAUAGACGGCGUUGAGAACUAUCACAUUGUCCUGAAAAAGCACGAGCUUACUAGGGUGCUAAGCCCUGUCGAACGCCCGCUGCUGAUACAGAAGCGGUUGCUCCAGCAGGUCGGAUAUGUGGACCGGGACAGGAUAGAGGACAUUGGCCGUGAGGACAACAGCUACCUGUGCCGGUUCCUCUUCCUGUCGGUCAGGGAAAACGACUUCCACACGGUCUCGCACGAGGUGGGAUUUGGCCGCAUACAAAAGUAUAGCCACGUCGACAUGUCCGGCCGUAAUCUCAUCACAAUCCCGGUUCCACUCUACUCAAGGGCUUCGGAGAUCAUAUCCCUCAAUUUGUCAAGGAACCUUUCUUUGGAUGUACCGCGCGACUUCAUCCAAGCCUGCACUAACCUACGUGAUAUCAAAUACAACAACAACGAGGCCCGCAAGCUGCCACAAAGCUUGAGCCGAGCAAGCAAAUUGACGUACCUGGACGUGUCGAACAAUCGCCUAGACAACCUGGAGCACGCAGAUCUGGGCAGCCUCACCGGACUUCUCAAGCUCAAUCUGGCCAACAACCGGCUUAAAGAUUUGCCCGCCUAUUUCGGUGCUUAUUCCGUUUUGCGAACGCUGAAUAUCUCUUCGAACUUCUUGGAGAAGUUCCCUGCCUUCCUCUGCAACUUGGAGAGUCUCGUCGAUCUGGACCUCAGCUUCAACCUCAUCAGUUCUCUGCCAGACACUAUCGGGAAGCUGAGGAAUCUGGAGAAGUUUGUCAUCACUAACAACCGGCUGUCCGGCACCUUUCCGAGCUCUUUCGUGAAUUUGAGCAGCCUUCGUGAGCUGGACAUCAAAUAUAACACUAUAUCCAACAUUGACGUGAUCUCUCGGCUUCCCAAGCUGGAAAUACUCACUGCCGACCACAAUGGCAUCUCUCAGUUUGUCGGCACCUUCGAAAGGAUACGAAGUUUGAAGCUUAAUUCGAACCCUAUUACAAAGUUCGAGAUCAAAGCACCCGUCCCGACGCUCAAGGUCCUCAAUCUAUCCAACGCACAGUUGGCAAGCAUCGACGAGUCGUUUAACAACAUGCUGAACCUUGAGAGGCUAGUCCUCGACCGAAACUACUUCGUGUCGUUGCCCAACCAAAUAGGAAACCUCAGAAAGCUCGAGCAUUUCAGCAUAGCGCACAACUCUGUAGGCGAGCUGCCUCCUGAGAUUGGCUGCCUCACCGAAUUGCGGGUGCUGGACGUCCACGCGAACAACAUCCGGAAGCUUCCCAUGGAGUUAUGGUGGGCCAACAAGCUGGAAACUCUCAACGUAUCCUCCAAUGUCAUGGAUAAUUUUCCAAAACCUGCGUCCCGGCCACCGCAGGCUCCCGGAGAGGCGGGCAGCUCAACAAGUUCCCUAUCCAGUAAGGUAUCUGGGACACAGCGUGCGCUUUCCCCAAUGCCGAGCGCCGAAGAGCUCAACGGAGAUGCUUCCAGACGCCCCAGUCAGGCUUCCAGUACACUCCUUAGCGUCGGCCCAUCGCCUGUUCCUGGCGGGGCUGACAGAAAAGGAUCAAUGGUGUCGUUAUACGGCAAGGGUGGCCGCAAGACGUCUGUGGUGUCUAGAAGCACGACCCAGAGCAGCACCAGUACACCGACUACCGCGGGUUAUAGAAAAGACUCUGGUCUCUCGGCUCUGAUGACCAACACUUUUGCUGGCUCUCUCCGGAAUUUGUACCUUGCGGACAAUCAGCUGGAUGACGACGUCUUUGAGCAAAUAACCCUCCUCCCGGAGAUUCGCGUCCUGAACCUCUCAUACAACGCGUUGAGCGACAUGCCACAACGUUCCAUCAAGAGCUGGCCGCAGCUCGUAGAGCUAUACCUUUCAGGCAAUGACCUGACGACCCUCCCGGCCGAUGACCUGGAAGACUAUAGCCCGUUGCAAACGCUACACAUCAACAACAACAAGUUCACGAACCUCCCUGCCGACAUUUCCAGGGCACGGAGGCUGGCGGUGCUGGACUGUGGGAGCAACUCACUAAAGUAUAACAUUGCCAAUGUCCCCUAUGACUGGAACUGGAACCUCAACCCCAACCUGAAGUACCUGAAUCUUUCCGGUAAUAGACGGCUAGAGAUCAAGCAGUCCUUUCCCAGCGUUGUCGCACAGAACCGCGAACAGUACACCGAUUUCAGCCGCCUCGCGAAUCUCCGUGUUUUGGGCCUGAUGGACGUGACUCUUACGCAGCCUAGCAUACCCGAUCAAAGCGAAGACCGCCGUGUCAGAACAUCGGGCUCGCUGGCGGGCUAUAUGCCCUACGGCAUGGCCGACACGCUCGGCAAGAACGAGCACCUAUCAACGGUCGAUCUGGUGGUUCCUCGCUUCAACUCAGCCGACUCCGAAACACUCUUGGGCUUGUUCGAUGGUCAAGCGUUGAGCACCGGAGGUUCAAGGAUCGCCAAGUAUCUGCACGAGAAUUUUGGUCGCAUUUUUGCCCAUGAGCUGCGCGAACUGAAAUCCAACCUGGGAGAGACGCCUGAGGACGCCUUGAGGCGUGCCUUCUUGGCGCUCAACAAGGACCUCAUCACUGUGGCCUGCACGAAUUCUUUGGAGGAGAGGUCGCUUCUCACUACUCACCGCGGAUCGACAGCUUCGGUUGUCCUGACUAAGGAAGAUCUCAACUCGGGUGGCGUUGCGACCAUCGUGUACAUACAAGAGCAAGAGCUGUACGUCGCGAACGUCGGCGACGUGCAAGCCAUGCUCAUCCAAGGCGAUGCCAAGUACACGAUGCUGACUAAGAAACACGACCCUGCGGAUCCUCAUGAACGUUCGCGUAUCCGAGAUGCUGGGGGCUGGGUUUCGCGCAACGGGCGGCUUAAUGACCUCCUGGAGAUCUCUAGGGCUUUUGGCUACGCGGAGCUCCUGCCUUCUGUGCAAGCAGCGCCGCAUAUCAAGCACCAUACGAUCGGGGAUACCGACGACAUUAUUGUGAUGGCGACUAGGGAGGUGUGGGAAUAUCUAUCGCCGGGACUUGUCGUCGAUGUGGCCCGCUCGGAGCGGGGCGACCUGAUGCGGGCCGCACAAAAGAUUCGGGAUCUCGCUAUGGCCUAUGGCUCUUCGAACAAGAUCAUGGUGAUGAUGCUGAGUGUUGCAGAUCUCAAGCGGCGGCGUGAGCGCUCACGAAUGCACAGAGGGCAGAGUAUGUCGUGGUUCAAUAUACCGCAAGACGAGUCCAGCAUCCUGGUUCCGGCGCGGAAGGGCAGAAAGGGAAGGUCAGACGGCCCACUAGACUCGACCUUGCAACGGCUCGAGGCUGAGGUCCCCGCCCCGACUGGUCUGAUCUCGAUCGUCUUUACGGACAUCAAGAACUCGACUCAGCUGUGGGAGACUUACCCCGAGGCCAUGAGAUCUGCCAUCAAGCUACACAACGAGGUCAUGCGCCGCCAGCUCAGACGCAUCGGCGGCUUUGAGGUCAAGACGGAAGGAGAUGCAUUUAUGGUCUCGUUCCCCACUGCCACUUCGGCACUCCUGUGGUGCUUUGCUGUCCAGACUCAGCUUCUAACGGUCAACUGGCCUCCCGAGAUGCUCAACUCGGUCAGCUGCCAGCCGACGUUCGACAGGGAUGAGAGGCUCAUUUUCCGAGGCUUGUCGGUCCGCAUGGGGAUUCACUGGGGCGAGCCGCUAGCCGAGCCGGACCCGGUGACCCGGCGCAUGGACUACUACGGCCCAAUGGUGAACAAGGCGAGCCGGAUUUCGUCGUGCGCCGAUGGCGGACAGAUUACAGUGUCAUCUGAUUUCAUCAUGGAAAUCCAACGGUGUCUCGAGACUUAUCAUGAAUCGGCAAGCUCGAACGAGGAUACCUUUGACGACAACGGUUUCGCGAAGGCCAUCCGCAACGAGCUGCGUUCUUUGUGCAGCCAAGGAUUCGAAGUGAAGGACAUGGGCGAGAAGAAGCUAAAGGGGCUCGAGAACCCAGAGUAUAUCUACUCGCUCUAUCCCCACUCGCUCAUUGGCCGAAUCGACCUGCACAAUCUGCACGAGAGGGCGCAGCAGGCUGAGGAGAAACCGGCUAUGCUCAGCCCAGAUAGUCAGCUGGCAGUCAAUCCCGAGGAGGUUUUUGCCCUCUGGAAGGUGGCUUUGCGGCUCGAGAUGCUGUGCAGCACGCUGGAAGAGGUUGGCGGACGAGGGCUGCAGCCGCCAGAGACUGAGCUCCUGGAACGAAUGAAGCAGCGGGGCGGCGAGGUAACGGAGCGGUUCUUGAUCAACUUCAUGGAGCAUCAGGUCAGCAGGAUUGAGACUUGCGUCUCUACCCUUGCCGUUCGGCACCUUGUCAGGAAACACGACGCUAUCAAGCAACUAAACGAUUUGCGCGCGCCAAUGUCGGAGGUGCUGGGUACCCUUGCAGAGAAGCUCGCGCUGCUCCAGCGAUAUGAGGCUCGGUAUGGCCCGCUCCCUGACGAGCCGGUCAACUCCCAGAAUCUGCCCAAGCAGCUGCCACCUGCCGGGCCAGCGCCAGAUGAAACGAGUACAACGUAG